CUCUACUCGAUGUUGUAGUGGGUUGUGUUUUAUGUCGUGCCAUAUUAUUAUUAUUUAAGUUACAGCAUAUAACAAACUAAAGACUGCAAAAUAUUAGUGAUGCAUUUUAGGAUACAGAGCUUAUUGUGUUGGGCAGUCCUCCUUGGAUUUGCGACCGCCGUACAGAAUAAUAAUCAACGAAGUAACAGUGAUUUGAUAAUAAAUGAUGACUCUGCUAUUGAGGGAAGUGGUUACAACGGAGAGGUAACCCAUGAUCUCGAAUCAAGUGGUUCUGGUUACGGACCAGAUGAUGAAGAUGAUCCUAGUGAGGAGAAGAUAAAAAUAGCAAAACCUAGAAUCAUAGUAGAGCCCAGUCCUCCUAAAAGCACAUCAGAGUCUGAACUCACCAAUAAAGAAAAGAGUAUACCUAAUACUACAACUGACCCGACUGUAAAGAUGAAUCCUAAAGCUGACGAUCGUCCUACAUCGUUCUUUGCCCAACCAGGCAUUAUUGCAGCUGUCGCAGGAGGCGCUGUUGUCGGCUUAUUGUGCGCGAUAUUAGUGGUAAUGUUCAUUGUCUACAGAAUGCGUAAAAAAGAUGAGGGUUCCUAUGCAUUAGGAGAACCAAAGCAAUCGCCUAAUUCCAACUCCUACAGCAGAACUACAACAAAUAAAGAAUUCUACGCCUGAAAAUAAAUUCCUGGAAGAAAUGGACAAGAAUUUGGAGGAUCUCUAAUUGCUCAUUAAAGGAGUUUCAAGCAAAAUUAUGGAUAUGAUCUUCCAUUUAAUAGUAAAAGCUUAAAACGUUUACAACAUACUCAUAAAAACGCACAUAAUGCUAUAAUUACGUAUUUUUUUAUAUCGUCAUAACCCUUUAAUCAAAUUCAUUUCGACAGCUAUUGGGUAUUUUCAAAAAAAAAACUGCCACUACUAAUGAAUUGUCAUCUCCUUUUGAGUUUUGUAUGUUUUUCAACUUGGGAUAUGUAUAUAAUAUACAUAUUAUAUAUAAAAUAUAUACAUUUAAUAUAAACAUAGAUGUAACAAAAAAAAAAAUAAAUGUUGUACGUCCAUUUCAACUUACAGUACAUCUAAAAUUCGACAGUAACGUUAUUUAUACUUUGUAUAGAGGUGUACUGCAAGUUCAUUUUACUUUUUAACUAACUAAACAUUAUAUUUAAAAAAAAAGUGAUAAAAAAUUUUGCUAAUGUUUUCUAAAACGUUUUAGGCAGGAUUUUGCAUACGCUCGUUAGUACUGCUAAUAAGUAUCUUUAGAAUAUUCACAUUUGGAAUAUUUGUCCCUUUAUGACGACCAUUUUCUCUCAAAUUAGCCACGCAGCAUUGUGGAUAUUUCCCUAAGUUCAUUUUCAACAAUUCCAUCAUCGUCAUUUAUUCUCCUUUUACCAUUCAUUCCUGUUUAAUCCAUUUCCUCAAUUCUCUUACAUAAAUUCCCGAGAUAAUUUAAUUCAUUUAUGUUGCAUUCAAUUGUGUUUCAUGUUUCUUGUGUGAUUCCCACGUACUCACAUGCAUAUUGAAUAGUUGUAUACCUUUUUUACAAGGCUAUUUUGUUUAAAACAAUCUGGUUGACUUUAAAACAUCUUAAAAAUGAGAACUGUAAUAUUUGGAGUCUUCUAUCCAUUAGUAUAAUACCAAUUGUGAUGAGAUACUAAAUGGAUCACAAAGGGAAGUCAGAUCCAAUAGAUGGAUAUCUGGGUCCUCAGUAUCUUUCUUCACCUAGAUAUACUGUAUUUUGUCUUGAAUUAUCUUCAACCAGAUGUCUAAUGGCUCAUUUUUACUAUGACGUUGCUAUUAGCUCUUUCUGUUUAUGUUCUCGAUUAUUUCUUUUGAUCAGCUUUUACAUCGUCAUGACGCUUUCUAAAACUAGAUCGAAGAGAGUUGAGACUAUGGGUCAUUUCCAAUCUUCAGACUUGUUGAACAAGUUUUAAGAAUAUUUUAAUAAAUUUCCCGGAUUGGCUUUAAAUAAGUUUGAGAGACAAUGGCGUAUUAUUGGAAUUAAUACAUACUAUGAAGGUAUGAAGUCGAAGGCUACCACGUAGAAAAAUAAAAAACAUACAAAAUAUACGAAAACGAUCAGCUUUGAAAGCUAAAUUUGACGAUUGUGCCAUAAAGUGUCAGUUUUGAAGAAAGAUAUACCGAAAAUAUUUCAUUUUUAAAUAUUGAUGUGCUUCGAAAAAUCUGUACCAGACAAUGGAAGGAAAACAAUUUCGUUGCAAGUUAUUUUUAUUUUUCUGUAAACCUAUUAUUGCCUGAAAUAUUUUUUAAAUGCAUGGAAUUUAUUUUUUUUGUAUACAAAGAUGGAUUGGUACAGAUUUUUCGAGGCACGUUUCAGAUAAUUUUGACUUUAUUUAACAACUAAAAUACUCAUUUUUCAACGAACACUUAUUUAAACAUUUUUUUUUUAACGAGAUGAAUCAAACAUUUGAUUUAUCAUAAAUUAGUAAUUGAUAUGAUACAAACUUACAUACUUUUAUUUGACGAAACAGUUUGAGAUUGUACUUAAAUUUAAUCGUUAAGUUUUUAAAUGUUCUGAAAUCUUUUAACUAAAGACAUUGUACUGACCACAGUGCACUGAACAAGGCAUCUAAAUACUUCAAAUACGAGUGGUCCUUCCUAUUCUAAGAACAUGCCAGGGGAAUUAACAGAGUUUGACAGAU